GAGAGAAUCGCCACAGUCAGUCAUGGGUCUUUCUGGGAGCCAGAUGUGGACAUGGACGCUGUGGGUCUUCUUUUGCUGGACAUGGGUCACCCCAAUAUCGGCCGAGCCACAUUACUUGGUGACCAUGCCUGCCGUUCUUGAAGCUGGAGCUCAGACCAAAUUGUGUGCGAGUCUCAUGGAGCCCAAUGAGACUCUGACCAUGACUGUCACUCUGACUUCACAAGAACAGAAUACAAUCCUUCAUGAGAAGACCUCCGGGAAGGAGUUUCUGGAAUGCAUGCAGUUCCAGGUCCCUUCAGUGGAAAACGAAGAGGUGACAAAAUUUGAAGUUGAGGUACAAGGAAAGACAUUUUACUCAAAACAAGUGAGGAAAGUCCAGAUCAAAGCCUACCAACCACUGACCUUCAUCCAAACAGACAAACCCAUCUACCUCCCUGGACAAACAGUUCAUUUCAGAGUGGUCUCAAUGGAUACAAAGUUCAGACUCGCCAAUCAGAUGUACAGCAUCAUUGAACUUGAGGAUCCAAACAACAACAGGAUUGGACAGUGGCUCAAUGAAACAUCCAGCAGCAAAAUACUGCAGCUGUCCUACAAUUUAAACUCUGAAGCCCGUGAAGGAACCUACAGAGUCUCUGUGACAGUUUAUAGAAAUAAGAUCCAGCACUACUUCAAAGUGGAAAAGUACGUAUUGCCUAAAUUUUCCAUAACCAUGGAUGCAAAAGACGAAGUCAGUAUUGGGCAGGAAGAAUUUGAAACUAAAGUCUGUUCAAAGUAUACAUACGGACAGCCUGUGCCAGGAAGUGUCACAGUGAAGGUCUGCCGUUCUCUGGAGAUUUAUGUUUAUAAUGGACCAAUGCCUCACAGAAAUCCAGAAGACUAUAAGAUAACGCCUCCCUGUGAAACGAUGACAAAACAGAUGGACAAAACAGGCUGCGCUGUGUUUGAAUUUAAAAUGUCAAGUUUCACCAAAAUUGACAAAAAGAUAUUAUAUGAUAGACUUGAUGUAAGUGCCACUAUGGAAGAGGAGGGAACAGGUAUUUCUCACUCACAAACAAAGAGAAUAGCAAUUUCAUAUGUAAUUGGAAAGCUGGCUUUUGUUGAUCCUCCCAGGAUUUAUGACCAAGGCUCAAAUUUGGAAGGAAAGGUCAAGGCUGUUCACUACAAUGACACACCCAUUCCUGACAUGCCGCUGUACUUGUUUGAGGGUAAUGUUUGGUCUCCAAACUUACUGCAGAACCUCACAACUGACACAGACGGCUUUGCUACAUUCUCUAUCAGCACAGAAACAUUUAGUGGAGAUGUCUCACUCACUAUAAGUUCCUCACCAACAUUGGAGUACAAUGCAUACAGAUCGACUCACAUUCGGACAGGACUUCACAGAGUUCAGCAGUCCCAACCUCCUUCUGACGAAACCAAAAGCACCAGCUCCUUGAAGAUCAAACAGAGCGACACAACACUUCCAUGUGACAAAGAGGUGGAGAUCUCCAUUGAUUACACAUUUGUUCGCGAACCACAGGGAUCCGUGGAUAUUAUGUAUCUGGUCGUAUAUAGAGGAGCUAUUGGUGAUGGAGGACAAACACAAGUUCAAGUGGAAGAUAAACCAGUGACUGAGGGUGAGGCGUCCUUUAAGCUGACCGUGUCUCCUGACAUGGCACCGGUGAUCCAGGUUGUGGCUUACGCUGUCCUCCCCAGCAAGAAUGUGAUCGCUCACAGCGCCGAGUUCUCUACAGAAAAAUGCUUCAGUAAUAAGGUGUCUGUGGAGUUUUCUCCGUCUUCAGCUGUUCCAGGAGAGGUGACCAAGCUGCAGCUGACGUCUCAACCCAACUCCCUGUGUGGGGUCAGCGCCGUCGACCAGAGUGUUCUCAUCAAGGAGCCUGGAAAGACUCUGGAUGAAGACAAGAUAUUUUCCAUGCUACCUGUCAGGGAAAUUUCAUAUAUACCAUACCAGGUUGAAGAUCCUGUCGAAUGUUUGCAUGUGAGGCCAAGGAGAUAUGUUUUACCUUAUCCAGGUGAAGAAGAUGAUGCCCAUUCAGUUUUUCAGAAUGUAGGACUGAAAACAGCAACCAAUUUGGUGAUGAGAAUGCCAACGUGUCUCAGAUUCAAAGGAAGAGAAUAUCAUCAAGGAAUAUCCCGAGGGUAUGGUGUUCAGUUAAACAGAAUGGAUGUCGCCGGUCUUGCACCAGGUAGAGCGUAUGCAUCAGCCCCUGAUAUGCUUCCUGAACCACUAGAAACAGUUCGUACCUUCUUCCCUGAGACCUGGAUAUGGAAUCUUGUGGAAACUGGGCCUUCUGGAACCAAGGACAUGUCCCUGUCUGUCCCAGACACCAUCACCACCUGGGAGACGGAGACUUUCUGUUUGUCCCCUCAGGGUUUUGGUUUGGCUCCUCGUCAGAAGCUCACCGUCUUCCAGCCUUUCUUCCUGGAGCUCAGCCUGCCCUACUCCAUCAUCCGGGGGGAGAACUUUGAGCUGAAGGCGACCGUCUUCAACUACCUGACCAAAUGCAUCAUGGUUAAAGUGUCUGCAGCCCCCUCCUCAGAUUACACCCUCAGCCCCCUCUCUGGGGAUCAGUACACUUCCUGUCUGUGUGCCAACGAGCGGAAGACCCUCAGCUGGACCAUGAAUCCCACAGCCUUGGGGGUUGUGAAUGUGACUGUAACCGCUGAGGCCAUUCCAUCUCACGCUUCCUGUGACAACGAGAUAGUGAGCAUUCCAGACAGAGGCCGCAUCGAUACAGUGACCCGACCUCUGGUUGUAAAGGCUGAAGGGGUUGAAGUAGUAAAGACACACAACUGGCUGCUCUGCCCCAAAGGAGAAGCUCUGACUGAGGAAACAGAGCUACAGCUGCCUCAAGAUGUGAUUGAUGGGUCAGGUCGUGCUGCGGUAUCAGUCCUGGGUGACAUUCUUGGCCGCGCCCUGCAGAACCUGGAUGGUCUGCUGCAGAUGCCGUACGGAUGUGGGGAGCAGAACAUGGCACUGCUGGCUCCCAACAUCUACAUCCUUGAAUAUCUAGAAAAAUCCAAUCAGCUGACCCCAGCCAUUAAGGAAAAGGCGUCCAACUUCUUAAGAAGCGGCUACCAGAGACAGCUGAACUACAAAGACAGAGACGGUGCAUACAGCACAUUUGGAACAGGACCAGGAAACACCUGGCUGACAGCUUUCGUUCUGAGAUCUUUCUCCAAAGCUAAAUCUUUUGUCUACAUCGACCCAGAAAAACUCGAAGAAUCAAAGGUUUGGCUGGAACAAAAGCAAAAUGACAGCGGCUGCUUUCAGCAGUCAGGAAGGCUCUUCAACAACAGAAUGAAGGGUGGAGUGUCUGAUGAAGUGACCCUAAGCGCUUACAUAAUCGCUGCCUUUUUGGAGAUGAAAAUAUCCUCAGAUGAUCGUGUGGUGGCACAGAGCCUGUUGUGCCUCAAAGAGUCCAUCAAUGAUUUCAGCAACACCUACACCACAGCUCUGCUGGCGUACGUCUUCACACUGGCUGGAGACAUGGAGACCAGAGCUCACCUCCUGCAGCACCUCGACUCAGUGGCCAUCAAAGACGGUGGUUUCAUCCACUGGUCUCAGACAGCAGCAGAAACAUCAGCCUCUCUGUCUGUGGAGAUCUGCUCCUAUGUGCUGCUGGCCAAACUCUCUGCUCCCCACACUGCUGAAGACCUGGGUUACGCCUCAGGGAUCGUUCGAUGGUUGACGACUCAGCAGAACUACUACGGAGGAUUCUCCUCCACUCAGGACACGGUAGUGGCUCUUCAGGCUCUGUCCUUCUACUCCAGUCUGGUGUUCAGUCCUGAAGGUUCCAGCACAGUGACAGUUCAGUCUCCCAGUGGUCCGCUGACCUUUGAUGUGACCCCAGACAACAAGCUGCUCUACCAGGAGAAGCUGCUGCAGGGCGAGGCAGGAAAGUACAGCCUGGAGGUGAAGGGGACUGGAUGUGCCUCAGUUCAGAUCUCUCAGCACUACAACAUCCCUCCUCCUCCUGAUGCCACCACUAUGAGCGUGGAGGUUUCACUGGAGUACGACUCCUCUCACAGACCACCCAAAGCCAGCCUGAAGCUCGUCUCGCAGUACAGUGGGAAAGAGGCGAGUACCAACAUGGUGAUCCUGGAUAUCACCUUGCUCUCAGGAUUCAUCCCUGACCCGCAGUCUUUGAAGAACGUUGAAAAAGCUCUGCUGGUGGAUCGGGUUGAACACAAGAACGACCAUGUCGUGGUGUACUUGGAGGGGCUUGUGAAGGGGACACCGAUCAACCACAGCCUGGAGCUCCUGCAGAAGAUUCCUGUUCAGAACCUCAAACCAGCAGUGAUCGCCCUCUACGACUACUAUCAGCCCACUGACCGGACUGAGAAGGAAUACAAUGUGGCCAAUCAAGUUUGAAGACUGACCUGAGCCAUCAGUGAUUCCAAAUUUCCUUCAGUUUCUUUUUACAGCUAACAUAAAUGGUCUCUUACGGUUUACAUUACAUUUCAAGUGUAUGUUUUUAUGUUCAUAUGCAACUAAAGCAUAAUGGAUAAUAUAAUAAAAUAAACUGAUCCUUAAAAAUGUUUUACAGUGCUAUGAUUAAACCAUUUGACCGUAUGAGACAAAGUUGUGCGUGCAUAUACAUGCACAACUUAAGCAUCUUGAUYAUUAUUAAUACAACCUUUUUUAUCCUAACAUUUUAGAUUUUUAUUAGUUUAGCAACAAAUUGGUUGUGCAUUAUGACCUUCAAUAAUAUUGAAUCUUUGCAUUUGUAUAAUUAAUAGCUAUAAAAAAUAUUUUAAAACAAUACUCAAAUUUAUGGAAAAAUUGUGAUCAUGCUGAAGGUGAGACUGAGUAARGAUAAAAUACACUAUUGUCAGAAAUAAUGUAUUUUGCCCCGGUGCUUUGAAUAAAGUCAGAAUGCCUUAAUUUUAUCAGUGGCUUAGAGGAUUUUGACGGUGAAAAACUGAUUUGUUCUGGCAAACGUCCAUCAUAAAUGCUCGAUUAUUAUUGGUCCAAGUUUGGCGCGACUUACGCUUUGGGGAGGAGCAUCAGGGAGUCAUUUCUCACGAUUAAGGACAACAGAAAGUAUGACAGCGGAGUGCAGGAACUAAAAAAGAAGAGCCCGAUAAAGAGGUGAUAAAGAAAAUAUCCAAGCUAA